UUCAAUAACUACGAGUUUUCCUGACCCUCGGUACCAUUCUGCUCGACCUGUCGCUCAGAACUCAAGUUUCAAAGUCCAGCGAAUCGUCGCGAAUAAGCCGACACAUGCGAAGUGCCUUGCGCGGGUUGUCGCCCACCUCCCGGUUCUCAGCCAGCGGGAGCCCAGGAGCCCACCGAAGCGCCGCUGCGUGUGCAGACUCCGGGCGAGGGACCGGUUGCAUGGGACUGUUUGCGUCUCCCUCAUGUGUUUCGCUUUCUGUUUCCUUCUCUCGCCAACCAUAAUUUUUUUAAAGGCGUGCCUGCUCUCUGCACAAGAAAAACUGCCUUUUUACAUAAAUACACAUCGAUAUAUAUAUUUUUUUCACAAGCCCCCCUUCUGGCGUAGAGAGUGGUGAUAGUGAAUCCGUUCCGUGACUCCCAUAGAAAACAUGCCACUCCAACAGCCGGAAUUCAGCUGUCGCUACUAACUGGAUCUUCGUGAAGGAGAGUGCGAAUAACAUCACCAAGAUUCCUUAUGAAGGAGGCAAAUACUUUGAUAAACAGCGUGAUUUGCCUGCAGUUAUUUCUGCCCAAUAUAUUUGGAGGACCUAUAUGCAAGACAGGGAACCCAGUGACUGAUGAUAUAAAACGCAUUGAUGAACUGGUUGGGAACUUGCCAAGUGAUUACAAAAUCCAGAUAAGAUAUAUUUCUAAAGUCCCUAAUGUGACAGAUACAUGUUGGCUGCAUCUAACAGUACCCGAAAUGUCCUUCAGCUUGGACAUCCUUUCAGAUAAGUUUGCCAAGAACUCAUCAAAUUAUUUAAUUAUUGAGAAGCUCCACCGGAUUCUGGAUGGUAUUCACAACUGUCUGUCUGAAGAUGGAAAGGAUUACGUGGAUGAAUCCGAAUACACUUGUGAAAAAUCCAACAUGGAGCCCAGGCAAUACUUUAAUUACUUCAACGAAAUCAUUGGCGCCUUCCAGUCAGCAGAGGACAGCAGCCCGUGCGAUUCCGACGUCAUCUGCAGGGUGGAGGGGCCAGACACAGGGCGUGUCUCCAACUCUACCUUAUACACUCUGGAGCAGAUAACUAAAACCUGUGUGCCCAGGUGUGAACACACACAUCCGGAGCGGGGUAGGCCGGUCCGAGCUAAGAGACACUCUCUCACAGCCAAUCAGCCAAUAAGCGAUCUCAAUCAUAUCAAGGGAGGUUGCAUCAACUGUGCCACAUUAAUGGACCAUUUUCCUGUGAUUCUGAUCACCGUUGCUUGCACUGGGACGAUCACUGUGAUUCUCACGUGCCUCAUUGUCCAGACACAGAAGAACAGGAGAACGCGAAGCAGUAGACGUAACCCAACGGACAACGAGUGUGAAGCAGCAAGGUGGGAGACCGAGCAACAUGUCCAAUUCAUCACUGAAAAUCAAGAUUCUUGUACAUAAAGUUACCAGCUGAUAAUGUGGUAGUCAAUUUUGUGCAGUUUCCGAACUGGUCCAAUAUUUUCCACACCUGUAUUAUUUCCAUUUGACAUGAAAAAGAAACGGGAUUGAUGCGAUGGACUGGUGGCACCUCCUUUGGUGAGAUGGUUGCGGGAGGUCCCCCACUGAGCGUUGGAUGGGUACCUUAGCUGAUGGAAGUGCACCUUCGUUCUCCGAGUGGAAGCCCCUUCUUGUCAUCCCUAACUUGCAAUGAAUCCACAUCGCACCAGGACUUUACAUCAGCUCAGAGAAGGCAAUGAGGAGUUUAGCUUGGAACUGAUGGUGGAAUUAAGGAGAAAGCAGUGAUUUAUACCAACUUCAUGGUGUAAAAAAGUACUUUGGGUUCUUAUAGGACUACCUGUAUCUAAACGAGGUCACAAACUUGGCAGCAAUGAGAUGUCGGUUCUGCGCUUUAUUUAGAAUGAUGCAACACAGAAGGCGGCCAUUCGGCCCAAGGUAGCCCUGCUGGACAUUACACAACACAGCACACAUUGAGUUUGAAAGCACAGACAAACUUGCAGGUGAAGACACAUUGGGAAGGCUCUGUUUUUGCAGGGAUUUCCAAAACACUCAGCUGUCUCAGUCUUGUCAAUGUAACCUAUUUGGCAUUAAGCUGAGAUCUGAAAGUACAAAUAUAACUCAGCCAUACAGAUCACUUCUGUAGAAAGCCAUUCUCUAUAGGAGUAUUGGAGAAUCUGAAGAUCCGGGUUUCUCACCUCACUUAGAUAGUCCUGGAAUUUUUGAUGCCUCUCUCCUAACCAAUCCUGUAGAUAUCUAAUAUGAACCAGUUAUUAUUCUUUUUGUAUAUUAUAGUCUAUGUUGAAAUAGUGAAUGGGUAACAUUGAUAAAUGUGCAUCAAUGUGUUGGAACAACAAUUUGCAAAGGCAUAUCCUAUGAUCUAAACUAUACCAAUGCAAUUAUGUCUUUAAAUGGAAUUAUAGCUGAUAUUUAACACAGUAUAAUAUUCACAUUCUGAUUAACUGUUCAUUCUUCUUAUCUGAGAGAAUGUGCACUAAUUGGUUAAUAUGAUUCUCACAGUACACUUCAACAUCAUUUCAUUGGCUGGACAGGGUCCUAAGGUAACGGAAAGCACUUUAUCAUUGGCUGUUUCUGCACCUAGCUCAUUGGUUUGUUAGCUCACCUCUAAGUCAUGUGAUCAGUAGGAAUGUGCGAUGGCUUCCUGCAGUGCUGUUGGCAUUGUCGAUGAUGUCUUUCAGAUGAAACAUUAAAGCAAGAUUGUCUCUGCUCUCUCAAGUGUUUGCAGAAGAUUCUACAGCAGUAUUUUGGAGCAAAACAGAAGUUCUUCCCAGUAUCUUUCCUUUCGCAUAUUAUAAUCUAUGUCUAAAUCAUGAAUGGUCACAUCAUUUAAAAUGCAGCAAACAGUUGGAACAUCAGUCACAAAGGCACAUCCUACAGCAAUUAAAAUACCAGUGCGAGUAUGUCUUAAUUAAUCUGACAAUCAACAUCACCAAAAUCAAAUUCCCCGGGGCCUUAAAACUCUAACAAAGAAUAUCCUGAGAUGUGAAAGGUGCUACAUGAAUUCAACUUCCUUCUUACCAAACAGUGUUGACCUGAUCAGCUCCUAUGGGCACAACGUCCAUCCAUGAGGAAACCAGCUUCAGGUGAGCAAAUAGGGUUUCACCCUCAUUUCCCUGACUUUAACCUUCCCUUUCUUAGAUACAUUCUUCACCCCUCUACUAAUGUGUAUGAUCUCCAGGAACAGAUGUCCAUCAGUUUGAUAUUGACAAAUGUCCCUUCAGCUGCCCCGUUGCCCAACCACCAGAAACCCCUCCCUAAACCUCACCAACUUUCCCUCAAGCCUCCUCAAAGUCCAUCCCAGCUUUUGGACCCCUGCCCCAGUAGCCCCAGUUUGUGUCAAAUGCGUGAUAUUGACUACUGGUAAAGGAUUUAACUGUGUCAAAUGUCCUGCAUCAAGGAAUGUUGAUUUGUAUACUCUAAACCACUG